AGACAUCAUCAGCAACUUCACUGCCUCUUUCACAACUACAAACACUUCCUUACUACACUCAAGCUUCCAAGCAACACAUUCAAGUUCGUCCUCCAACAUCACACGCAAGACCCUUCACUAACACCCGCCUAGAAUGCCUUACACCAUCAAGGUCCGCGUCUACCAGACCAACACCAACGCCUACUUCCACAUCGUGGAGAAGGGCUGCUGGCACUACGCCAAGGGUGCUGAGUGGAGCGAGCACAACGGCGUUCUCACCCUGACCAUGGGCGACAGCGGCACCUCGGGCAUGCUCCGCUUCAAGACGGAGCAGGGCAAGGAGGCCUUCUUCAUCGCCAUGGGCGUCCACAACUACAAGCCCUGGGUCGACACCGUCACCGGCCUCGCCGACGACGUCACCUGCGUCAAGGCCCUGCCCGAGUACUACGGUAACGCCUCCGACAGGACCCGUUCUAGGGAGUCUCAGCGUACUUCGCAGUCGAUUCUCAACAUUGACCGCAGGACCAUUGCUACUGAGUACAAGGUUGCACAGGGCAAUGAUCUUGAGCUCAACAUUAUCAUCAACUAA